AUGACUGUCGUGGAUAAAACGACGUCGGGAAUUCGGAUGAAGGUUGGUUUUUUUUGGGGCUGAAAUUUAGAUUUUCAGAUUUUUUAAGAUGCUUUUAGGAUCUGAAUUUUUGGAAAUUUUGGAAAUUUUUUAGGAAAAAAAAAUAUAGUUUUUUGAAAUUUUUUUUUUAAAACCUUUUUUUUUAGUUGUAACUUGAACCCUAUUUUUUAUCCUAAAAAGAUUGUUCUGGAAUUUUCAGAUCUUCAAAAUUUUUUAAUUUGUUCUACAGUUAUACUGAAGAUUUUUUCUCAUUUCAAAACUCAAUAGGAAUUUUUCCAAAAAUUGUUCCACAAAAAUUCGAUUUUCCCCCCAAAUUCGGUCAAAGUUUUCUCCAAAUUUUCCAAUAAAUCAUCCAUUUUUUCUACCAUACCAUAUUUUCCUUUUCUUAUCUUUCAAACACAAGUCGAGAGAAAGUUCAUCCAAAAAAAAAAUAAAAUAAAAAUCACACCAUUUUUCGGCACUCUCUCAAAUUAACACGCUAUUUCGCCGCUAUGGUCGAAGAACACAUUUGUUUGUGUGCACUUUGGACAAAAAUAAUUGGGAGAGAUGGAAAAAUGCGGGGAUCCAAAAAUAAGCAGUCCCAAAAAAAUAAGCAGUUCCAAAAAUAAGCAGUCCCAAAAAAAUAAGCAGUCCCAAAAAUAAGCAGUCCCAAAAAAAUAAGCAGUCCCAAAAGUUAAGCAGUCCCAAAAAAAUAAGCAGUCCCAAAAAAUAAGCAGUCCCUAAAAAUAAGCAGUCCCAAAAAUAAGCAGUCCCAAAAAGUUAAGCAGUCCCAAAAAUAAGCAGUCCCAAAUUUCUCUGCAUCUCUGCGUCUCUCGUUGAUUAGCAUGCAGAGAUAUAAAUAAGCAGUCCCAAAAAAAUAAGCAGUUCCAAAAGUUAAGCAGUCCCAAAAAAAUAAGCAGUCCCAAAAAAAAUAAGCAGUCCCAAAAAGUUAAGCAGUCCCAAAAAAAAUAAGCAGACACAAAUUUCUCUGCUUCUCUGCGUCUCUCGUUGAAUAGCAUGCAGAGAGAUAAAUAAGCAGUCCCAAAAAAAUAAUUUAAUUUCAGGUUGAUGGUAAAUGGUUGCAUUUGAGUGACGAGGUUGUUAAGAAACAUCCAGGAGGCGCUGUUAUUGAACAAUACACGUGAGAACUCUCCAGAAUCCUAAUAGAAGUUAGCCUAACUUCUUGAAAAUAUUCCAGAAACGCGGAUGCCACUCAUAUCUUCCACGCUUUUCACGAAGGUUCAUCAAUAGCUUUUAAGCAACUUGAAUUUCUCAAGAAAAACUCGUGGGAUCCAUCGGAGGAUUUGGAAGAUGAGUUGAAAAAACGAACGGAUAAAUCGGAUGUGAAUAUUUCGACAUAUGAUAUAAGUGUGGAAGAGGAGAAGAAAAUGGUAGCAUCUUUUGAGAAAUUACGGAAAAAACUGACUGAUGAUGGGUUGAUGGAGGCUAAUGAGAGAUAUUUUGUUUUCAAGUCGAUUUCGACGUUGAGUAUUAUGUUCUUUGCGUUUUGUUUGCAGUAUUUGGGAUGGUGAGUUAGAUAAGCAGACACAAAAAUAAGCAGACACAAAAAUAAGCAGACACAAAAAUAAGCAGUCCCAAAUAAUUAAGCAGUCCCAAAAGUUAAGCAGUCCCAAAAACAUAAGAGGCUUUCAUUUUCAUUAUUCGGAUAACUUCAUCAAAUUUUUUUGAAAAUAGUUCAAUCGAGCAUCUAAAAUCCACAAAAUAACGUACAUUCAUACAAAAAAAAUGUACGAAAAAUUCGAACAAAUAUUUUUUUUCAUUAAAAAGUUUGAAAAACCAAUUUUUUGCACUUGCUUCAAUGUUUUUAUUUUGAAUUAAGUGGGAACAAAAAGUGUUAACAACAAAAUAAAAUUUAAAUUUUUUAAAUAAUAAAUGUUUUAUGAAAACAUCUAGAUAGAAAAAUGUACAUUUUUAGGAAGUCCUCAAAAAAUUUACAUUUUCAGGGGAUCCUUGAAAAAUAUUCAUUUUUAACACAAAAAUAAGCAGUCCCAAAAAAUAAGCAGACACAAAAAAUAAGCAGUCCCAAAAAUAAGCAGUCCCAAAAAAAUAAGCAGACACAAAAAUAAGCAGUCCCAAAAAAAUAAGCAGACACAAAAAAAUAAGCAGACACAAAAAUAAGCAGUCCCAAAAAUAAGCAGUCCCAAAAAUAAGCAGACACAAAAAAUAAGCAGUCCCAAAAAAUAAGCAGUCCCAAAAAUAAGCAGUCCCAAAAUUUUUUCCAGGUAUUUGACAUCGGCGUGUUUCCUCGCUUUGGCUUGGCAACAAUUCGGAUGGCUUACACACGAAUUCUGCCAUCAACAACCCACCAAAAAUCGUCAACUCAACGACAUUAUUUCACUUUUCUUCGGUAAUUUCUUACAAGGAUUCUCACGCGAUUGGUGGAAGGAUAAACACAACACUCAUCAUGCCGCAACAAAUGUUAUCGAUCAUGACGGAGAUAUCGAUUUGGCACCACUUUUCGCUUUUAUUCCAGGAGAUUUGUGUAAAUAUAAAGCGAGUUUCGAGAAGGUUUUAUUGAAAUUCAUCCCUUAUCAACAUUUAUAUUUUACUGCAAUGUUGCCAACUUUGAGAUUUUCAUGGACCGGACAAUCAGUUCAAUGGGUUUUUAAGGAGAAUUCGAUGGAAUAUCGUGUUUAUCGUAGAAAUGCGCUUUGGGAGCAAAUUACAAUUGUUGCACAUUGGAGUUGGGUUUUCUAUCAACUUUGGCUUCUUCCAAGUUUGCCGAUUAGGCUGGCGUAUUUUGCGAUUUCACAAUUAGGCGGAGGAUUUUUGAUUGCUCAUGUUGUUACUUUCAAUCAUAAUUCUGUUGAUAAAUAUCCAGCAAACUCGAGAAUUUUGAACAAUUUUGCGGCUCUUCAAAUUUUGACAACUAGAAAUAUGACACCUUCUCCAUUUAUUGAUUGGUUAUGGGGUGGAUUGAAUUAUCAGGUGAGCAUUUGAAACUGGAAAACUCUAAAUUCCAUUUUUUGCAGAUUGAACAUCAUUUGUUCCCAACCAUGCCACGUUGCAAUCUCAAUAGAUGUAUGAAAUAUGUGAAAGAAUUUUGCGCUGAAAACAAUUUGCCAUAUCUCGUCAACGAUUAUAUUGAUGGAUAUUCGUUGAAUUUGCAACAAUUGAAAAAUGUUGCCGCUUUGGCGCAAGCUCGUUAG